UUCUUUAACAGUUUUUCUAAUUGAAUUCGAAAAUAAUAACAAAAUUAACUAAGUAGCUAAAUAUUAGAUAAAAAAUAAAUAUAGAUUUGUUCCAAAGUUUAAUUUAUUGAAAAUUCUUAUAACCUAAAAGCAGUGGUCUGUAAAUUUUUUAAAGAUGGGAUGCAACACUAGUAAAGACAGUGUUCAACCGGCAUCAGAGGAAGCAAAGGAGGAUGUUAAGAAUGGUGUAGAUAUUCCAAAGUCUACAGCAAGUAUCGUUACUUCAACAGAAGACCGACCCGAAGAAAACUCAAAAGAAAACAGUGCAGUUGACUCAACUGAAAACAAUCUAGAAAAAGCAGCUACAAAGAUACAAGCAGUAUUUAGAGGACAUCACAUCAGAAAGAGUAUGAAAGGAACAGAAGCUACAUCUCUGCAAAAACAGAACAAGGGAGAAGAGAGUGAACCCACGAAGGAACAACUACAAGAUGAAUUUCGAGCGGAUGACGUCGAUUUGUGUAAUGCAGCAACAAAGAUCCAAGCAUCGUUUCGUGGACACAUGUCAAGAAAAGACCAAGCCAUUUCAACAGUCGUGAAAGCUACUGAAGAUGCUAUAGGGAAUGUAUCGUCAAAACUAGAAGAAAAGAUGGAUGACGCAGCUAAUGAAUUAGAAGGAAUUGAUUUGACCGAUCCAGAUCUGCACAAAGCAGCAACUAAAAUUCAAGCGAGUUUCCGAGGCCAUAAAGUUCGCCAAGAAGUAGUUGUAACUGAGACCAAAAAAUAAGGUUACAUAAUAAAUAAAAUGGAGUGAUAACUAGUGAU